AUGCAGCUUCUUUCUGUCUCCCUUUUUCUUGCUUCUAUAUUCCUUGCAUCGGCAGUAGAUAGGCAAUAUAUCAGUGCUAAUGGCACCUUUGCAAACCGAAGAGAUUAUGACUCUAUAACUGUUAAAAAUGGAGGACAUUGGGGGGUUUGGACAUGGAUUGACAAGUGUCCACCAGGAUCAUAUGCCAUUGGAUUUAGCAUAAGGGUGGAAGAAUAUAGAGGAGCUAGUGAUGACACUUCACUCAAUGGAAUCAGAUUAUUCUGUUCAACUGAGCAAAGCAACAAUAUUAUGUAUACUGUUGAAUCUGAACCUGGAGAAUACGGACACUGGUCAGGAAUUAGAUGGUGUCCCCGAAAUGGUAUUUUACGUUCUUUUCAGUUGAAAGUUGAACCAGAGCAAGGAGCUGGAGAUGACACAGCAGUAAACAACAUCCGAUUCCGUUGCAGCAAUGGUCUUCAAAUUGAAGAAGCUGGUGGUCAAUUUGGUGAAUACAGUGAGUGGAGUACCCCUUGUGAGAGAGGAGGAAUUUGUGGCCUUCAAACUAAGCAGGAGCCCUAUCAGGGCUUUUUUGCAGAUGAUACAGCCUUAAAUGAUGUUCGCUUCUUCUGCUGUGAAUAAAUUCUAUAGAAUCAAAGAAUCAUUUUAGCAUGAUUAAAUGA